CACAUUGAGUCAUCACUUUUAAUAAUAAAUUAUUUUUCAUUUAAUACUAAUUUCCAUACAAUUGGCGACCUAACCGUUCAAUGAAAUUGUAUUUAGAAAAGCAAAUUGCAUGCACUUGUUUUGUUGGAAUGUUAUGCAGACACAUUCAUGACAUAAAUUCAGGAUAAUUAGAUGAACAAAUUGCACCUAAUAUUACUAAUUGUGCUAGAAAUGAAAUUUCAUCAUAGGGAAUCACCUGCCAGCAUGGAACUUAUGAUAUAACAUAUAUUUUAGAGCUGUAGACCACAUUUAAUGACACAUUAAUAUACAAUUACAAACAGGAUACAACACAAGAUAAAAGUUCUUAGACCUUUUAAUCCAUUUGAACAUCCUUCUUAUUGUAUUAAAAUGAGUUUUGCUCAGAAAGCAAUGGAUAUCUCUAACAAUAACUAUGUCAGGAGCUCUUUAUUGAAGUUUAAGUUGGCUUUUCUUGGUGAAGCUGCAGUUGGUAAAACCUCUUUAAUAACAAGAUUUAUGUAUGACAGCUUCGACAAUACCUAUCAAGCUACAAUAGGUAUUGAUUUCUUGUCCAAAACUAUGUAUCUAGAAGAUAGAACAAUAAGAUUACAAUUGUGGGAUACAGCUGGUCAAGAGAGGUUCCGAAGUUUAAUUCCUAGUUACAUAAGAGAUUCUUCUGUUGCUGUAGUUGUGUAUGAUAUAACAAAUGCUAAUUCUUUUCAACAGACAUCUAAAUGGAUAGAUGAUGUACGAACAGAACGAGGAAGUGAUGUCAUAAUAAUGUUAGUAGGAAAUAAAACAGAUUUAUCCGAUAAAAGACAAGUUACAUCAGAAGAGGGUGAACGAAAAGCUAAAGAAUUAAAUGUGAUGUUUAUAGAAACCAGUGCUAAAGCUGGUUAUAAUGUAAAACAAUUAUUUAGACGAGUGGCUGCUGCAUUACCGGGAAUGGAACAAACAGAUAAACCUAGAGGAGAGAUGACGGAGGUUAAAUUAAAAGACACACCAUCGGAGCCAGAAGCAAAAGAAGGAGGCUGUGCAUGUUAAUACAAACUCCGUCUCUUUUUAUUUUCGUGUUGUCUACUGCAUUUUGCAUGAUCGAUGUGCAUUAUUUUACCACCAAAAAAACCUGGGAUUUUAUACCUACAAUUUCCUGCAUGAGACAUUGAAAAUGCCAGAAGGGAAAUUUUAGGAUGCAUCAAUUAUUGACAUAAGACAGCUACAUGUGUUUUUGUUGCUGGUUGCAUUGUGAACAUGUAUUACUUUUAUUUAUUUGCCAGACUUACUGUUUUUAUUCUGUAAAUGGUGUAUUUACUAUGUAAAAUCAAAAUGUGUACAAUUUCAAAUGAAGAACUAUUUGAAAUGGAGAAAUUUUUAUGUUUGUUGUCGUUUUCAUUUGGUUAUGUACUUGGUUUCAAAAUAACUGAAAUACAUUGCUAUUACAGGUAAAGUUUUAAAUAAGAAAUCUUUUAUUCUCUCUUCUAGAUGUUUGGUCCAAAUAUCUAAAAUACUUAUAAAGAAAAUUAAAAAUUCAGAACAAGGGCAACAAAAACAAAAUUUUAAAAACAAUUUUUGGGGUAAAAUUACUCUUCUGUCCAUGGUCUGUUCCAACGAUACAUAUCUAGAUUCUUUUUUUUUUGUUGGAAUUAUAUUAUUUUUCAAGAACAUGACCCUUUUCAGCUAUUAAAACAUAAGCCAUAUAAUUACAUUGAUGAACAAAAAAAUGUUUGAAUACUUAAGAUAAUAAAUAACAUGUAAAAUAUACAAAUUAUUUUACUAUAAAAUUAAUGUAAACAAAUUUUGUUUAAAUCUAAUUUUUGAUUACUUAUUUUUUUGUUGCUUUGUAUAUGGUGAACCUAAUUUAAUUAAUCAAUCUGUGACUCUGUAAUUAAUGUUUUACACCAAUACACAUAUUGGUGCAGCUUUAAUUGAAUUGUAUAUUAUGUUAUUUAGUUGCUUAUUGCUUUGUUUAUGUUUGUGAUAAGUGUUGACAUUCAAAAGAAAAAAAGAAAAAAAUGGUGAAUAAGAUAGCUUUCUUAUUGUUGCCAGACCAUGCUCAGUCUUUUUUUUUAAUCAUAAGUUAUGGCAUGUAAAUAAAAAAUCAUUUGUAAUUAUACCAGAAAAAAAGCCCACCCUCCAAAUUUAACAAUGAAAAUGACUGAUAUAAUAUUUUUAUGGCUUGGUUUUGUUUAAAUAUCAGGACGUUAAGGUCAAUCAUAAUUUAGAAAUAAUUUUUUGAAGCUUUUUAGAUGAGUUGUGGUUGCUUGAUCAUAUCAACUUGCUUUUUUAGUCCUAAUUUAAUCAACAAUUCAUGAUCUUUUUUCCAUGUCUUAGACUAAUUUCAUACUUGUUUUAUGUGUAGAAACUCAAUUCUGUUGAAGAAGGUGUCAAUUGGUUUGUUGUGAUGCUGGUUUGCUUUCUCAUUUACCUAAACUCUACAUUUCAUUUUCUCAUCUGAUAAAUUAACUGUAAUAUGUAUACUCAAGAAAAGAAAAAAAUAUUACAUACAUUUUUUUCUAUGUUUUUGCAGUUCUUUCAUGGAUUUUCUGAGAAAAAGAUAGGUGAGAGUUACAUCUUCAUUACUAAUGAGUAUUUGUUAUUCAAAUUAGUAAAAAUAAUUACACAGCCUAAAAUUCAUAUACAGUCUGAAUAAAAUAGUCCAAAGAGCUGUAGAUUGUCUUAGUUUGAUCUGAUCUUUUUAAAUGAUCAAAAUUAUGAAAAUAAAAUAGGAGUUACAAUACACCUAAGAUGACUUUUUUCAUUGUGGAAUUAGGAAUAAUUCUUUACAAGUCUAUGAGAUUAUAUUUCUGUGAUUUAUAAAAAGGCUAUGUUUAAUCUUUUACAGUGAAUUCGUCUUGUUCAACAUCUGAGUCAUUUUAACAUGCUAUUUAGACUUAAGAUGUUCUAAAGUUUCAAUUUGUUUGGAACCCAUCAGAUUUAAAAAAAAAAAAAAAAAAAAAAAGAAAGAGAAAAAAACAUGUCUCAAACCAUUUUAACUCCACAGCAAUUCUUCAACAAAAUUUCACUCUGCUGGUAUUAAAAUUACAUUCAAUUCAAAUACAUAUCUUUUCUCAGCUUGAAAUUUUGGUUGUUUGUAGUUCAAUUAAUGUCCCCAAGGUUAACAAAUUCAUUAAGUUUAUUUUCAUUUUCAUAAAGAAAAGUUCAGACUGCCAGAGCAUACCAUACAUAUGACAGUAUUUCAUUAUAAAAUCAUCAUUAGAUAAUUUGCAGUAUGCUAUAAAUAUCUGAUGUACCAAUACCUAUGACUUUCCCCAGUCAAUUUUAAUAGCUUUUGUUUUUGGGACUUUUCUUUUCCCACAAUAGGUCCUUAAUAUAGAUAUGUGUCAAAGUUGAUAAUAGCGUCAUAUUUCUACAAUGUUUUAUAGUUUAUGUAAUACUAUUCUAUAACAUUUAGAUCAUCAUGACCUACAUUGUAUGCUUGACCGGCUACAGUUGCCUAAAAGCCAAAGUAGUAGCAUUUACUUGAAAUUUUAUUAAUGGCUGUCAUCCAUGUCUGAAAGACACAUCAUUUGCUUUCAUAGAUCAUACAUGCAUAAAUGUUCAUGAUAACACCUAACAUUUUUACGAGCCCUUAAUAUAUUUUCUUGUUGAAUUAUUUGGCAAUUUAACUUUUUUUUGCAUUUGCAUCCACACAAAUAUGGGAUUUGUCUAUUAAAUAUUGUUACCAUAUAUAUUAUUUGGAAUAAAUUUUUAUCAAUGCUAUAUGAAUGAGCAUGUAGGAAAAUAUUGUUAGUUAUUAUUUACUACAAUCAAAGAUCUGUGCUAGGAAUUUAUCAUUGUAAGGAUGUUUACUAUAUUAUUUUGUAUUUAGUGAGGUUUAAUUUGUUUAUGGCACAGAUAGGGGAAGCAACUCUGUUUUAAUUCAGUUUUAAAAUCAGAGGUGGGAAUAUUUAUAUACAGUUUGGUUUAGAAUAUGAUAUAUUUAUGAAAUAUUACAAAAGUUUUAUAUAAAAAAUUAAUAAAACAAAUUGAGAUUUAA